CAACUGGGACUGUAAAACUAGAAACAGAGCAACAAUCUCCUGGCACAUAUCCGGGGAACUGCUUCGGCCAAUCCGUCGGCCAAGCAGGUUGUCUCUUCGUUUAGUUGUGACGACUUCGCAGGGCACACUACAUGACCUGUUAGUCUUAGCAGCAACAGUCCAACUAGCAGCAUUUUGACGUCGGCUCAGCGCUGGGUGGCCAUCCGUUUUCGCGCAAGUAACUUCCCUACACCGUUGGGACCUUCGUCGCGCUGUUUAGACCACUCUACACUAGAGCUCAUAUUGAGAGAUCUACGACGUCAAGUGCAUACAGUACCCCGCGUUUUGGCAGGCUAGGCGAGCAGCACGUUCCCUCUACGGGCACCGAUUUCCGAGUGCCUUCCCCCAACGCUCAACUGGGCAGCCUCUACAACCGCCGCUAAAACACACAUACCCCACCACACAUCAAUUACACUUGACUGCAAGUAGCAAAAUGCGAUCAGCAAGCGCUUCACAUGUGGCGCUGGGAGUCAUCGCCGUGUGCCUGCUCGCAACCGCGCAGCAAGCAGCGGCCGGACUGUACCAGUCCACAGGCCUCAUCUCGGUUGUUGACACGUCCUACCCCAGUGGCGCUCACACCAGUGACUACGUGCUGACAGCAGACGUGGGAGGCAUUUACACGCUCAUUGCCACUGCGACCGCCCAAGCCGGAGGAGACCUCUUCACUGGCCUGGUGUCCGGUGGCAUUGUCCGCGUGGUCUCCUUCUAUGAACCCAAGCUCGGCCAGCCGUGGGACAUCUUUGGGCUGACUGUCAUCUCGCCUCCGCCGCCGCCGAUGCCUCCCGCACCCCCGCCCUCCCCUCCUCCUCCCACCUCCCGCAUCGGCAGCCGCGCUACCACGAAAUCCCUGCCCUGGGUGUCGAGCUGGAACCCGGGUGUGAUCCUGAAUCAGGACAUUCCCGACCCUCCGCGUGUCGUGCGUGAUCUGCCCACGCUGUUCAUUCUUUUGGACCUGUGCGGCAAGGGCGGCGGCCCAGCCGCCACCGAGGACGCGCUGUCAAACAUGCUGUACCGCGGCCUCACGCCUUUCCAAGACUACGUCGCCACCUGCUCCUACGGCAAGGCGCAGUUCGACACCACCAACACGCGCAUCCUGACCGUGAAGCUGCCGUGCAGCGGCGUGAGCAAGGUCAGCAAGAUGGCCUGGGACAGCAGCAGCUGCUCCAAAGACAACCUCUUCAACUGGAUGUACGAGGUGGAGUACUACAUUGACAACGUGCUCAAACCCAAGGACUGGAACCACAGGCGCUAUCGGCACCACGUGAUCAUCACGCCACCCAACAUGACGCAGUGGGCGGGGCCCGACUGCGACUGGAGCGGCAUGGGCAGCAUAGGCAUGGCGCAGGGCACCUGGUCCUACGCCUGGGUCAGCGGCGACAACUGGCAGACCAAGCAGGUGUACCUGCACGAGAUGGGGCACAACUACAACGUCAUGCACGCGGCCACCAUGCAGCCCGCCUCGGAGGGCGGCCCCGACGCCUGCAGCCACUGCGACUGGAGCAGCGCCAUGGGCUUCUGCUGCGAGACGCGCUGCAUGAGCGCGCCGCACAACUACCAGCUGGGCUGGGCAAAGCCCGCCGCAACCGUCAACAGCACGCAGCUGAGCGAGGGCAACACACUGGCAUUCGAGCUGCCCAGUCAAAUCAUGUCAGAUGCAAACUUCCUGCAGGUGACAACGGACUGGCUGACGGCGGCGUCGGUGUCGGCCGCCGGCAUCGACGACAUGGGCGGCCCCGCCUUUUACAACCCCGCCAACGCCACCUUCUACUUCAGCUACCGGAUGGACUUUGCCGACUUUGAUGAAGUGGCGGACGGCUAUGCGGGCGGCACAAACGUGUAUCUGUUCACUAUUGGCAGCCAGAUGGACAAGAAGGACAGUGUGCACCUGGCGCUGCUGACGGACGCCGCGCCCGCCUGGACCGACCCCAGCGGCAGCCUGGUGGUGCGGCAGGUGGGGGCCGGCGGCGACACGGCCAUCGUGACGGUGUGUCGGCCCGAUGCCGGCGGGGAGAAGAGCGAGGACGCCUGCACCGACUUCUGGGAUAACGACUGCGACGGCUUGAUCGAUGCUGAUGACCCCGAUUGCGCCUGGUACUACGACUCCCUGCCCUCUCCCUCGCCCCCGCCCCCCGCCCAGAAGGCAUCCCCUCCACCCUCUCCACCGAACUCGCCUCCUCCCAAGCGCAGCCCUUCCCCACCCUCUCCACCGCCCCCGCCCAAACGCAGCCCUCCCCCACCGCCCUCUCCCUCGCCGCCCGGCCUGCCCCCGCCGCCCAGCCUGCCCCCGCCGCCCAAGCGCCUCUCGCCUCCGCCCCGGCUUGCAGAGCAGGUUGACGCAUCACCGCCUCCCUCUCCUGCUCCGCCGCCAGCCAUCAGCGAUACCAGGUCUCCUAAGAAGAAGCGGCCGCCCCCGCCAGCGUCCGGCAAGAGCCCCAAGAUCCCUAAGAGCCCCAAGCCUGGAAAGCGCGGCUUGCAGGCUCAAGACACAUCGCGCGCACCCACCCGCCCAGCACCAGCCGCCAUCCGACACCGGCGGCACGCAGCAACUUAGCAGAUUACGUGUCCAACCAGGGCCGUGUCAGGUCCUGCCUGAGAGGGGCUUAGUACUGUUACAUAGAUUCUGAUCACGUGGCUGCUUUAUCUUGCUGCUGUUGCUGCCCCUGUUGGCGUUGAUAAUGGUGUGCAUAGUCAGGGCUUACAAAGACCCUGUCACCCAUACUCAUUCAUCCAUAGCGUGUGUGUCUUGCGCCUGCAAACGGCUUAGCGAGUCGCGCGGCAUUCCUCCAUUCUGUCUGAGGGAGGCGGCCUGCCGUGCUUGACCCUGGCUCAUAGCCCCGGUGAUUCCCGGCUGAGAGUAGCAUUGCCCUGCCGGCACAUUGAUUUCGGCUCUAGUCGGCUUAUGAAGAUCCUGAGCUUUACGGGGGCAACUAGUGAUGGCUUUCCUUUACAGGCAUGCCCCCUUCGGUGCGUGUACACGGUAGUAGAAGAAUGGCAGGAGAGGCAUAAACCUUUGAUAUGCGAUGUCUGAGUUCUGGAGACUCGAGCGAGCCGUGAUGACGAGGUUAGCAUAGCUUUAGGGCACGGAACACAGACGAAGCGGGUCUGCGGGUGUGCAUUCAGUGUGGCGACGGUUGGGCGGCAAGAAGAGGCGGCUGCACCUCACGCCUACACACCCGCCGAUGACAGGACGGCACGUCCAGCAUGGCAGUGUACGACUAUGCAAUGGGCGGUAGUAGCGUUGACCCAUGCGGUCGUGCAUGGCCAGUGUGGAUAUAUGGUCGCCGCAGCCGCUGCCGAAGGAUUACGCCUUGCCCGUGGUGGCAGGUGUCCGCAGGCGCGGCGUGACAGCCCACUGCUGGUUGUAACCAACCAGUUAC